CUAAGCUCAUCUCUCAGGACCCAACUAAGCCCAAACAUACACUGGAGCGACAGGACCAAACUACCCAUCCCAAAUCAUUCACCACCCACGAUGGGAAGGGCGUCUUCUACUAAACCACCACCAUUGUCUCUGGCUGAACAUUAGUUACGGAAAAUCCAAUUGAGAAUCCUGGCUGCUUCUACAGCUCUCUGCUGAAAUCAAGACUGGGAACCCAACCUGGCUCUGUUGAUUCUUCGGCCUCUCAAAGCAAACUUUGGUCAGGAACGGUCAAUUGAAUCACCAAGAAUUGCCAUGGGUGGGAAAAGUUCAACACCAGUGGUAAGCUGUGAACAUAAAGAGAAGUCUUCCAAGGAAGAAGGAAAUCUCCCAGAUUUGGUAACUGCAUCAGGAAAAAGCACGCUUGACAUUGCUGUCACAGGAGUGACAGGUGCUGGUAAAUCAUCCCUCGUCAAUGCCCUUCGGUCCAUGAAUGAUUUUGCAGAUGGUGCAGCCCGACCUGAUGUGAUAGAAGGAACUAAAGAGCCGAUGGGUUAUCCACACCCCACAUUUCAAGACGUAACAAUAUGGGACCUACCAGGAAUUGGGACACGCAAUUUUAAAGCAGAGGAAUACCUAGAAAGGGUAAAUUACAGACAAUAUGAUUUCUUCAUAAUCGUCUCUUCUGGUUGCUUCACCAUCUACGACAUCCAGCUGUCCCAUGCAAUUCGUAAAAUGCGGAAGCAUUUUUAUUUCGUGCGCUCCAAAAUGGAUGUCAGUAUUAAGAGUGAAAAAAGGAAUCCAGACUUCAAUGAAGAAGCAACUCGUCAAGAAGUCAGGAAAUAUUGCCUUGAUAAUUUGAUGAAGGCCGGUAUUUCUUCUCCAAAGAUUUUCCUCAUCUCCAGUUGGUACUGGGAUAAGUACGAUUUCCCCCUCCUGCGAAGGACCUUCGAGAAUGAAACCAAGGGUCUCAGGAGACAGAUCUUUCAACCAACAUUGCCACCAGAAAAUAAGAGCGAUGACAAAUCAAACAAACCAUCAAAAGGAAGUGGAAUCUAUAUUUACCUCCUUCAAAAAGCUUUAAAAAUUGACCUUGUGAAGCUGAGAGAUGCCCUGACAGGAAAAAAUCUUGAAGAAGGGACAGAAGAAAUACGUAAAGAAUUGGAGGCAUUAGAAAAUGUCAAACUUGACAUUGCCAUCACAGGAGUGUCGGGUGCUGGUAAAUCAUCCCUUGUCAAUGCCCUGCGGGGAAUGACCGAUUAUGAAGAUGGAAGAGCUAGAGUUGGAAUAAUGCAAACAACUAUGGAAGUACACAGCUACCCACAUCCAUUAUUUCCAAAUGUAAUAUUAUGGGAUCUACCAGGAAUCGGGACACCUGAAUUUAGACCAAAUGAUUACCUCAAGAAGGUCAAUUUCAGCCAGUAUGAUUUCUUCAUGAUUGUCGCCUCAGAACGCUUCACUGAAAAUGACGUCCUGCUGGCCCAUGAAAUUCAGAAAAUGAAGAAGAAAUUUUACUUUGUGCGCUCCAAAAUGGAUGUCAGUAUAGAUGCCAAAAUUAGAGACCCAAACUACAAUAUGGACACAACUGUUCAGAAGAUCCGAAAAUACUGCGGUGAUAACCUGACUGAGAUAGGAGAAUCUAAUCCAAGGGUUUUUCUCAUCUCCAGAUGCGAUUUGGAUAUGUAUGAUUUCCCACUCCUGCAAGAGGCUUUGGAAAAAGACCUGGAUGAUCUCAAGAGACAGGCUUUAAUUAGGGCUAUGCCAGUUUUCUCAAGAGAAAUCCUGAAAAAGAAAAAGGCUGCCAUGGAGUCCAUUAUAUGGAAACUAGCCAUUCUGUCCUGCGCUAUUGGGGUGAUUCCUGUCCCAGGUCUGUCUCUUGUUUGCGAUCUUGGUAUCUUGGUUUCAGGAAUGCUACUUUUCUACAAAGUCUUUUGCUUGGAUGAAGAGUCCCUCCAAAUAGUUGCAAAAGUGUUCAACAAAGAUUACAAAGUGUUGAAAUCUGCUAUCAAAAAGUCUCCAAUGUCCAGUGAGAUCACUCCAAAAUUUGUAGCUAUUCUCUUGGCCAGGUCAUUGUUCUGUGCAACUCUGACAGUAAUAGAAUUGGUCUUAGAUUUUGUACCGGUGUUGGGCUCUCUGGUUGGAGGAGUCAGUUCUUUUGUUACCACAUUCUACAUGUUGAGGAGCUUCCUGAAGGACAUCGUGGAAGAUGCUGAGAACGUCCGCGCCAAGGCAACCGAGCCUUGACAGUUACGAUAUCACACCGUGACCAAAAACACUGAUUUGGAAAGAGUUCCAGGCACAAAAUGUGUGAAUUCUGCAUAAGCCCCAAACUCCUGCAUAGAGAAAAAGCAAACUGGCUUUAAAGUUCAUAUUAGAAGUUUAUUUUUUCUUUUAACUGAUCCCAAAUAUAGUUGAAUUCUCCAGUAUGAAAUAAUGAAAAAAAACUGCCUAGAUGGUUCUAGAGGAAGGCUUUUUUCAGGAGCAUGUCAGUUUACUGUUCCUGACACCCAGAAGUUCUAUGGAGAUCUGAAGGAUCCUUUCCCAAACAGCCAAUCAGGGCUUUUGAAGAACAGUAGGCAUGGUUUAAUUCAAAUAAGAAUCUUGUUCCAAAAAAUGCAUGCUAGCUAAUAGCUCAUUCUUGUAAUCUUACUUUCCUCACUUUAUACAGCAGGCCUUAGUUUCACACAAGCCUUUUACCAUAGAUGGUCGGUAGCCAGCAUAAAAGAAAUAAAUAAAUGAAAAUUUUGAUCUGUUAUUUCUGUGAUUGCAAUACCAUUCUUUACAUUUCAUUAAUA